AUGAUGCCAGUUGACGGCGCAUUAUUACAAGCCUGCUUUCCUCCAGAACUCGAGCGCGAGAUAUUCGAAAUUGCGGUACUGUCUUACCCUUCCGCCCUACCCGCCGUCUUGCGUGUUGCCCGACGAGUCCAGCAUUGGAUUGAACCACUCACCUUCCGCGUGUUAUGUCUGAAUAGAAGCGCCAAAGCCAAAGCCUUCGUUAAGACUCUACGCCGGCUCAAAAAAUUAGAGCCACCCCAAACCAAACGCAUCACCUCAGGUAUUCGUCAUCUAUUCUUCGAUCUCCGUGGACUAUGCACGGUCGAGGAGACUAAGGACAUUCUGCGAGCUUGCAACAACCUAUACGACUUCGCUGCCAUCGGCGACUUCUCCCACCCCGGUCUCCUACCUAUUCUUGCCAACCUUCGCAUCACCCGUCUCGCUAUCUGUUUUGAAGUCCUCUUUGGGGGCCUAGCCGAAGUCGACCUGAUGCAUCCAACGCUAUUAGGCAUUACGCAUCUCGAUGUUUUCGACCCAGUGUCGUCUCUCAUCGGACCCAACCAAGUGUCCCUUGAUGAGUUGCUUCCUCAACUUCCGUCUCUCACCCAUCUCUGCCUUAACAACGAAAAUCCGAACGAGCGCAUAUUUCGGCUACUGAAAAACUGUCCUCACCUUAAACUCCUCGUUGUUCUUGCGCCAGGCAGGACAGAUCAGAUCAACUUCGACCCCUCCGAUCCAAGAGAAAAUAAAGAUGAUCGACUGGUGUAUGGUACCUUUGGAGACUACUGGGCGCAGUGGGAAUCUGGGGCUCACGGUUCCCCUAACUUUUGGACCAUAGCAGAGAAUGUGGUCGCUCGGCGGCAUCAGGAAAGGUCGAAAGAUAUGGCAUUAAAUUCGUUGCGGCCUGUGGGUCUUGCUGAGGCCCCGCGGUACAUCGACAUUUAUGGACCAAUUUCCCCAGCUCCCACAUCCCUGGCAGCCUCAACCGCGGACCCGAAGACAGCAUCACCGGUAUCCAGUGGAACACAAAUACUUCUCGCAUCUCACGAUUCUGCUUCUUUCGGAGAUUUUCGGCUUCAAGUUCCCGCUGGCGAUGGCAUUCUUACAGACAGCCUGCAGGACAUUUACAGGACAUUCACAGACAAGUACUUGCUAGACAGCCAGCUGCAGGGCGACCACACCUAUGCUUGA